UACGAAGCUCGAGACAUGCGAAAUGCUCGAUCUGACCCUGGGCCUGAGUCUGACUCUUGGCGAUCGCUUUGAAAUUUGUUGUCUUCAAACAGUGCACCCCAUCGUUCCGAUAGGAGUGGCGACGUUCUUGAGAAGCAUCUCUUCAGGAGUUUAGGAUCGGAAGUCACCAUGGCGAGCUCCUCGGAUGCAGUUCCUGAGAAGAAGGAGGAAGGCGUGACCCCAGCUUUCAUGAAGAACGAGACGCCAACGCCUGUUUUUGGGAAGAAGAAGGAGGACGAAGAAACGACAGCUGAAGGGGCCGAAGAUUCAGAGGAAGCGACAGGGACAGGAGAGGAGGAUACAGGAGCCGCCUUUGCUCCAAUUGUCCAGUUGACCGAGCAGCAGGUUUCAAGCGGGGAGGAGGAUGAGACCACUUUGUUUGAAGUGAAAGCAAAGCUGUACCGGUUUGACAAGGAGAGGACCGAGUGGAAGGAGAGGGGCGUGGGCCAGGUUAAGCUGCUGCAGCACAAGCAGAACGACAGGAUCAGAGUGCUAAUGCGUCAGAACCGGACGCUUAAGAUCUGCGCAAACUUCGUAGUGCUGCCGGGCAUGGCCCUGCAAGAGCACGCUGGGAGCGAGAAGUCGUGGGUGUGGCAUGCUGCGGACUUUGCCGACGGCGAACUGAAAGACGAGCUGUUUGCAAUCCGGUUCGGCAGUGUCGAGAAUGCCCAGAACUUCAAGAACGCCUUCGAGGACGCUACCGAAAGGAUGGGCAAACUGUUGGGGGUGGGCCCCUCAGAGGAGGAGAACGAGGCUGCGGACGAAGCUGCGGAGGCACUGGGAGGGCUUAAAGUCAAGGACGAAAAGAGCGCUUCCGAGGAGACGCCAGAAAAGGCUGAAGACAAGAAGGGGGUAGACAGCAAGGACAAGGAGGACCAAUAGGCCGUUUGAAGAGUCUGCUUCAAUUGGCAUUUCGUAACCCUUUCGUUUUGUGGAGCCUCCGUUGAGUUCACAGGCUUUUGUAUCAUCAGCGCAUCUACAGUUUUGUCGAAGCUUACACAGGAAAAUUGUCUUCCUCAUCAUCUUGAUGAUACGGACUUCACUGUCAUGCUUGUGGUGAUAAAUGGACCGUUAUUCGCCAGCCUUUGUAGAGAGCUUGAGCAGCGCGCAUCCUGAUUCUCGUGUAGAGCUAUUGGUGUCUAGGUUCAUCUCAGGCACGCAAUUCAUAUACCAAGGAGUUCAGAUUAUAUUAUCUCACCGUUGCAUGAGUCGCUCCAUGCAUUUCAAGC